AUGCCACGGGAGGCCCUUAGUGCCAACCAGCUCAUUGAAAGCUACAUAAAGUACGUUAUAAAAAGCAAACCGCUUGUGAAUGAGGCCAUCGGGAAGUACGCCAGCCAUCUUAUGGCCAAGUCCCCUGCGGUUUCAGUUGGGUCGACGACUCAAGAUGAAAAGGGGUCUUUGGAGCACCACAAGUAUCUUUGUGGGAUAGCAGGCCUAUCAAGCAUGCACUUCUGUUGGUUUACAUACCCAGCUCUCGGGGGAGCCCUCAAGGACUAUAUUUUGCAGAUUGAAACUAGGCUUUCUACCGGUAUGAAUAUGAGCCCACCAAGAGGUGCUGGUGCACCGUCUACUAUUGAGCAAAGAAACUAUCGGCCUCCAAUCAUCCAGUUGGACCCUAGCACACAGCAAGAGCUGACUCAAGGCGACGUAAAAUUCGUCUCCAACUUUAUCUAUUUGGUUGAAAAGAUUCAUAUGUGGUACAACCCUGUCACUAAGCAAGGAUCCGGUCCUGGGCUGAGCUUGGACGUCGUAGAACAGCGCUUCUUUGGACAGGUCUCCUCGAUAUACUUUGAUCAGGCUCUUAGCUCUCCUGAACACACCACUUCUAGUGCUGGCACCAUUACAAACUCAAGCGAUCCCUGGCCCUUCUCGAUACUCCCAUCUUUGUCUAGUUCGUCUCCGAUAUAUAUUUAUAAUAUCCAGAAGUACUCCUGUUGCUUCAAUGCACUUAGAGAGAAAUCACAUCGUGGAAUAAUCAUACCAACGUUAGAAGAAAUUAUUAAUGUCUAUGGACUUGUAACUUGGAAGAAUCUGUCGGUCAGCGAACGUUUCUGGGAGCGCAUCCUCUUUGUUCCGUAUGGCUUACACGCUUUGUACUUCUACAUAUACACAGAGAAUUGCCUUCUCAUUUCCAAGGCCUGCCGUUGCUACAGGAACUCGUUCUUCCUGGCCCGUAAGAUCUUCAGUACAAGUUUCGCUACACUAUUCGAACUCUUUGCUAUUCGCAACAAGGCACAGAGCAUUAUCCCUCUCAUAGAUAGCCAACAGUUGUAUAAAAUACACAUACCCUACUCUCUCUUUCUUAGAUCAACAUCCAACGUAUCCGAGAUCCUCUCCAACAUAGCUAUCUACCGACUGUUUCGACCGUUCUUUGGAAGAGCGAUCCAUAACUGUCUGGGCAGUUCGUGGUUCAGCGUUAUUGAGUCACGUGCAGAUGCCGCCACCGGUUCAAAGAGAGGACCAUAUCCGCUCACAACAAAGCUGUUCUGCACUUUCCUUAAGUUUAACGAGUAUGCGACUAUCAGCAAGGCAUAUUCAACCCCUUUCUGGGACUCUAAUCUACCCUCUGGGCGAGUUCCAUACGCUGCGUACUUCAUGUCUGUCAAGAGCUUAGAGAAAGAAAAGCAACAGCAAGAUGGAUGUAGCACAAGAAAGUUUCCAAAGAUAUACCAAUACAAUGUUCCCUACCACGAAAAGGGCGAAAAGCUAUCAUUUCAGCCAAUGGACCCUGCAAUCCAUGAGACGAUGAAUUCUACGCCGGCGGAAUUUGUAACAAAUGUCCAGAAGAUCCUGGCUAGCAAUAAUAAAGAGGGGUGUGGCGAUGAUAGCCACGAAUACACAUCAUUCUUACCUUUAGAACGACCAAUUUUGAUCGUUGUUAGCACUGAUGAGCGUCUUAUUAACUGGAGCAACGAGCUCACCAAUAUACAGCUGAAUCAAUAUGCUCUCUACUGCUCGAGUGAUUCUGCAUCCAUAGAUUUUAUACGUCGAUAUAUCUUUACCACAUCUUCAGAUCUACCUAAAAGAACGACCAGUGAGUGUGAUACCUGUGAGCUUAAUAACUGUCCGUGUCAGCAUCAGUUAUCAGAGGAGUUGGUCGUAACAGAAAGCGCGCCUACUCGUGGCAGGCCCCCGCGUAUCAAGAAGGAGUCUGACCUGCUUCAGUCCCCCGUUUUGUCUUCUAAUGUUUCAGACUCUCUGUCUUCGUUUAUUAGGUCACUUAGGCAGACUGACAGCGUUGCAGACGUUUUGGUUCCGCAAGGAGUUUCUACGGCAGAAAUCAUAUCCUCAGUUCUAUAUCAAGAUAGUGCGGAUAGAUGCGCUCCCGCGGCGAGGACGUCACCCGAAUUGUGUGCAUUAGAUGCUAAAUCCCUUCUUUCUUGCGGUUUUGGUGCAAACUUUAAAUCGCAAGCAUUAAAGCGGGCCUCGAAACCCUCUGAUCCUCGGGUAUUAAAGCAACAACCUCUGAGCGCUGUCACAGCUGUUAGAAAAUCUCAGACCAAGACUAUUAAGGCACGACCAGAGACCGGUGGCAACACUUCAGAUCUGCGACAGUACACCGCCCUCGAGCGUGCCAUCCUUAAGAAUGCUGCAAAGGGCAACCAUCUCUGUGCCACGUGGCCACAAAAGAAUAGUGGAAACUUUACCCGGAGACUGCAACUCCUCAACGAAACAGGGUACCAAUUACGAUGGAGCGCAUGCUCGCCUGUCUUGACCAUAUCUAAGUGUGCGUGUUCUAUUAUUAUGGGGGUGUGGUGUAAUGUGUGCAAUUUCAAAUUAAGGGUUGCACAUGCUAAGCUCCCGGAAGAGCAGGCAAUUCAUGAUAUUCAGCAAUCAGCAAAUUCACCGUCGGCUACCUUAAAGCUCGGAUUGCAAGAGGCAAUAGAUUUAGAUGGUUACUUAGAAGAUUGUCACAACUAUUACAUCAAGCCCUGCAAGAGUGAUGGUACAUCUAAUGAGUUCGAGGUAGUCAAAGAGCCUCUCUCACAGACCUUUGUGGAGCCACACCUGAAGAUGAAUCCAUCGGAUACUGUACUCUUUCAACGAAAUGGCAAACAGGUCUUAUCUAUAAAACGUAUCUGCCAGCAACUCCCUGCUUAUAUUAUUGUGGCCUCUUUUCAGGCGGCAAUGAGACUUUUAGACGUGUUCUCCCAAAUCCCCUUUGAAAGCAUCUUUGUAGAGGAAGCUUUGGAGAUGACGCCGCAGCAGUACAAUUACCUUGAUUGUUGUUACAACAUUACAUCGAAAUACAGGUUUUUUGCCGGGCGUAAAGAGUUCCCUCUCUUUACUACAGAGCCCCUUACCAAAGUAGCAAACAUUAGCCUCUCUGAGAAAGCCCCCAUAGAUCUUUUGAGAGAGGCUUUGCUGUCGCUCAGCUCCAUGGAUGCGGAUGUGUUCCAUGCGGGCUUAACCAUUCUGUCAUUUUUAAUUCACAUUCCCAAAAACACGUUGCUGUCGACGUUUCAGUUGAUUUCAGAGGCCUUAAGUUCCAUGUUCGGUAUGGAUAGUAGCGCUGCUAUAAAGCCUGUUCAGAUCAUGCUCACAUUUGCACUACUAGACUUUCUGGACGCUGGUUAUCUGCCAGAGGCUGUUCACUCGCAGAUAGUCGCUGCAGAGCUGGCUGUGUUCACAAAUAUACGGGAGAAGAAUAGGCCAGCUGACACGGCGACUGACCUGUCGCGCCAUCUUAGCAACAUGAGCAUAUAUUUCGCAGGCUAUCCACGUGACCAAGUGAAGAUAUCCACUAUAGAGGAGUAUAGGCGCAAGUGCACCGAGUUUUACAAUGACAUCAAGCAGAAGGCAACCGACGCCGUCUCUAGACACACCCCGUACAGAAUUUUUUCUGUCCUGUUUCUUCACAUACAAGCGUACAACUUGGACGAUGAAGUAGCUAGGCUUCAUAUUCCAGCCAGUCUUCUCAGACAGCUUAACGUUGCCUUAACCCCAUUUGGAUCUACGGUGCUGAGGAGAAGUAUUGAAUCGGUAUCAUCAAGCAGCGUCUUAAACACUGUGCGGUGCUCCAGCGGACUUGUAUGUGGCUGCGGCUUAAUUGCUCACAACCCCGAUUACAUUCAGCAGCAAGAGCUGAGUGAGCUUCAAGCCUUAACAGCCAAAGACACAUCUUCAAGCAGUGUAUCGGUAUCUUCUGAGUCCUCUGGUGCAAGUAGACUGUCGGCGCUUCAAUUGGACUUUCUUUCAGUAUCCAAGUUCAGCACCGAGAUGUGUGCUGAACUGCAGGAGUUUCUGUCAUCUAGGCCUUCUAUUCAGCCAUCUUUUGUAUUUAUUAUGCAGCAGACCUUCGAUCAAAUCAUUCUGCAGCGAACAUUCCUCGAUAUUGACGCCAACGUUAGGCGUGUGAUUUUCGAUGACUCUCGCCCAGCCCUGCUUAAGCGGUAUCUUGAGAUAGAAGUUCCGAAUACGCUGGCAAAAAUAUCCUACCCAUUAUACAUCACCGUUGCUCGUUACGCCGUCUUCCAGCUAUUAAUUUAUCUCUGGACAGAUGCGUGCCUAAGCCUCGGUGAGGAAUAUAAUAAGCACUUUAAACUGGAUCCGUCGGGCUUUGCUGACAUUAAUGAGCACGCUUUUUUUGACUCCCUCGUAGUGUAUUCUUUGCACCUCGCCCAGUCAAGAGCUCUUCAGAUCUCUGCAUUGACAAGUGCGUUUAUGUGUCAGGGUGUGCUUUUCUCAGAUCACUCUGUAAAGCUUGCAAAGGCAGCCGGGCUUUCUAACGCUAUUUCGCAGGCCAUCUUUAUCCGGACAAAGACUGCACUGGUGUACCUUGUUCCUGAUAUUAUGGUGAAGCCUACCCUUGUGUUUCUCCGGUAUGUCUAUUCGGGAAGGAUUACUGUGGUGGACGUGUUGACCAUGCUUACAUCUGCUACUAUCGAAAAGACUGUCUCUGAACGCCUUUUGGCAUCGAUAUCAAAUGCAGACGACGACACGUUUAGUAUGCGCAAGCUUGCUACUUACGCACUCAAUCGUUUGCUUCUUUCGGUGUUUUUCGACUCUAUCUUCGUACCAGAUUUAGAGGCAGUAGAACUACAAGCUAACUGCUCCAACAGCAAUGGUGAUACUGGCAGUGGUGCUCCCUAUCCGGCAUACUAUCAACACAUAAGGGACGCAGUAGGCAAUGCAGGCACAACUGCUUCAGAUAAUUUAACCAGUGACCUUGUUGUGUCUGUCGUUCCAGAGACGCUGCUGCUCAUGCUACUUGCUUUCAGCGAGGCCUGUUCACAGACUACGCCCCCGGUAAUAAGGGGUAAGAACAAACCAGUGCCUGCUGGUUAUGAUUUCACCAGCCUAUUGGCUGCUAUGCCAUUUGUUAGUACCAGGCCUAUGGCCCACCUAUUCACUAAGCUCUGCUACGACUACCAGGUAUUAUCAAAAAGCUCCCCACACUCUGUGUCGCCACCAUACAUCCUUCAGAAUCUUUGCCAGCAUUCGCUCGAGGAUUCGCUAUUCUCGAUUCAGUUUCAAUCAACCCACGUACUAUAUGGAGAGGUUCAUUCCCUAUCUAUAGUAUUGAGAGACUAUAUUGCUGAUACAUGUGCAGCCAUAGACUUAAAGCAAGGCACACGGAAAGCAGAUCUCAGCAAUAGAUCUUUACAGGAGAGUCUUCUUAAGUUUUCCACGCAUGAGCUUGUACGAGUCUGUGUGCAUGCAAGCUGUACCUCCUUCCAGCAACACCAGGCGAACAUUGGCAACCAGAUGUCCAAGCUCACUGAUACAUGCUUAAAUCUGAAGCCCCAGAGCCUUUAUCUUAUAGAUCCGCUAGUCCGACGAACGGUCAGUGCCUGGCUUGAUUGUGAUUUGCUCUUACAGGGGGCCAUUCAGUACUUGUUCAUGAAUGUGAAAGCGACACUCAGAGACAUGGUACAAGCAUGCAAGAGUAAGACUGACGAGAGCCUUCUACGAUCGCAUUCUCUGACCUCUGUCACGCAGACAAAAGCCGUAUAUAGAGAGCAUCAUCAGAGUCCCAAAAUACUCAAAAGAAAAGACCGUGGACCACAAUCGGCUGGCAUGAGUUAUGAGUCUCUGAAAAUAGUCUUUGACCCAACACCGUUUUACAUAUAUUAUGCCGGGUCCCCUACCGUUGCUACUAUAUCUCAUAGAGAUUCUUCGUUUUCCAACGAUGUAAGCAGCCCGGUGGACUCUCUGAACACGUCAGUGAGAGCAAAAGACGUAGCAGGACCAUCGAAGCUGCGGACUCGACCAGCGCCGAGCAGCGCAGGAGCUUCAGUAGAACUAGGCUCUGUUGACGACGGGGCGGAGGAGCCUGCAGCUCCAGAUGUCUUUCGUGGAUCACCCGCGUUUUCUGUUAUUUCUGGCAACGUAGUUGGGACCUCGUCAAUCAACGCGCCCCUAUUUAGCAAGAUGGGUAGACUAUUUCGAAAGCCUGAAGGCCCCACGUUGACGCCUACGGAGUUUCUCUACACGUAUUUCGACGGGUCUGUUGAGCACUCCCAGGGUCAAACAGACAUGCAAGUGACGGUUGCAUCGAUGCAGAAUAUUUUCAACCUCAGCAUCCAACCGCCGAUACCGCCAAAACUGGACUUCUAUUCCAUGAAUCCUUCUUCGCACACCAUUCCUCGGAUGUUGCCAGCAUCCGCGGGCUUUGUAGACACUUUCAAAGAGUCUAGUAGUGUCCAGCACUACAUCAAUGGUUACUCAUCCGUUUUAACACCUCUAUAUACCCUAGAUAAGUCCUUUCCAGUAUGCCAAGAAUGCCACAACAUCUGCACUCGAGAGCUGGAUGCGGACUUGUCUGCUGAGAAGCGUAAGCUGCUAAAGCAGUACGGAGUGCAACCCGUCGCCGCCGAUUCAUCUGCUAUGUUUUCUCUCCCUAGAAGUAACAAAGAUUUAAGCUAUCCCAGUUUAGACAACUCACUACUGUAUUAUUGCUUCAUUUGUCAGAAGCUGUUUGAUCCAGGGCUUCUUGCCACUCCAAAUCUAAACACGAAGGAUGUCAAGGUCCUCGUUCAAGCAUGCCAGCUCGACAACAAACCGUCAGUCAACCCGCAGCACAUUAUCACACCUAACUCUCAAACUGUUUUUAGACAGUGUAAGCUCUAUCAGGAAUCGUCUCUUGAAAGCCAAAGCACGAUACUAUCGGAUGGUGUUUACCAAUCGAACUUAACGUGUCUGUCGUACUGCGGCGCUAAUGAGCAUGAGAGUCUUUGUCUACAGUGUAUAGAAGAGGCUGGGCUCCCACAAACUUUAGCAUCUAAUGUAUACCUCACGAUAGACGGGCUUCUGAAGAGGAAUAUGCUACAUCACGGCACACCAGCUUUUGUUCUGGAGGAGUACGCCCUUGCAUACGUGAGUGCUGCGUACUCCUAUAUUCUUUCAAAGAAGUGUGUCGGCUGUGUCUCAGAGCUUCAGGUCCCCUGUCUCUACUUUGCUAAAACGACAAGAAGCGACAUCGCCAAUGAGUACGGGCAUCUAGUAUAUAGGUAUGAGUAUAUUCUUUACGGCCGGGCGGUUUGUGAGCUAUUGAACCAUCUGUUAUAUACAACAGUCGCAUCUUUAGACGGUCAAGAGAGCAUCCACAUACAGUUCAUGUCUUUACAACGAAAGCUGAGCACCUCUUGCCAGACAAGCCACCCCUUUGAUCGCAUAGGAAACAGGGCUGUACUGCACAUCUUGACAAGCUUCUUUUCUGCGCAUAUCAAAAAGAAUACACUGCAGUCCACGGUGACAGAGUACUCUCGGGCAUUAGCCAAGACAUAUGCGCUGUUUAGGCACAAAACAAUAUGUGCAGCCAUGGACUUUGCCAUUCCGUACACGUUAUACCCCAUUUACUCGUCCUUACGAGGGCUUCUUCGUCACUGCAACCUAUGCAAGAAAGUCUUUUCAGAGAACUGGCUGAAGAUGUACGACAUUACAGGCACAGUGCUUCACACACUUCUGAAGACAAUCGACAGCAACCUCGUGUUCGCUUCCCUAGGAUAUAACUCUAUAUUCUUUAAAUACUACGUCAUCCUUCGUCUGCUUCUUGCCGACAUUCCCGCCUUUCUGCUUGAUCCCAGGGGGCCCAGAGGACAUGAGUACUCAUAUACUGCAUCUACGCUGAAGGACGACGCUUCUUUUUUGGCGUUUAUGCUUAAGCACACCUUCCUCUAUGGCCACUCUUUAGUCUUGGGUCCUGAAUCGCCUUGUUAUUUACAUCUUCUAUUACAAUUUAGUAGCAUAAUUCUAGCGUAUAAUGGAGUUCACCCGUGCAAGCUCUUACAUACUAGCGAAUUAUGUAGGUCCAACGAGUAUCUUUUCAAGGGAAGCUUAUAUAGCUCUACAAACGUCAUUGCUGAUAACCUGCUCAUUUACCACUUUUUCACUAAUGUUCCUCAGCUUAUCUCGCUUUACCUAGAGAACGAAGACUCCGUAGCUUUACCUCUGCGUUGGACGCAAGGACCAGAUCUUUGCCAAGAGCUUUUCAGGACUUUCAGCACGUUGGAGUUCAGCGUUGCUCAUGCCUUGACCGACUUAGGUACCAUACAAUUUACUCCUCAGCUCGUCUACAUCCACAGACUGGUUCGCGCAAAGAUCCGUACCAUCUCAAUGAGCUCGCCUCUAGCGCUGGUGGACACUACACUACUGAAUCAGUACGUUCACGCGUAUGCCCAAGAUGGCCUUCUCACAGUGGAUUCUUUCACCACGCUCUUUUCCUGUGACUAUUCAUGGAUUUACCGAUUAGCUUUUGGUGUCUAUCAUUAUGAAAUAUCAGCAAAUCAGGACUAUCUCGCGUUAAUACAGUCUGCCUCAGAAGAUGGCGCGCCCAAAGUCUUGUGCAAUAGUAUAUCUGAGACCUUUAUGCAAAAGUUGUGUUCACCAUCUGCUAGUGCAACAAGCAAUAGGCCGCGACCCUUCGAACAACGCCGCUAUGGGAUUGCCAAUGUCCAUCCCUAUCCUCAUUCUAUAAUGAAGCCCCAGCUUGAAGCCACAGAUGAGGCUCCAGCUGCGGAAUGCAGUCUCCGAUAUACGUCAUCAGUAAGCAUUACAAACAACGGGUUAGAACAGGACUCCCUCAAGCAGCUUCCGGCAACUGAGAAUCUCUAUGUGGAGCGGUUCUCGACGGCCAAUCUUCAUAUCUAUGACUCGCCACUAAUGAACUCACUGGAUCUGUCUUCUAUUAGUUCUACUCAUCCGGGACUGGUAGAGCGCACAGGACACCAGGAUAAAAGCAAUUCUCUGGUGCAGCCGUCGGUAGUGGACAACGGUGCCAGCACGUCUCCUGCACUUAAUUCUGUAUUAUCAGCGCAUAUGAUCGCAGAAACCUAUAACCGUAUGGUUCUAACUCCUGCCACAAGCAAGAUCCAGUUGGACUUAUUUAAGGAUAAUGCUAUCUAUUCUAAAACUACAAGCACUCCCGCGUUGCUACCUCAAGCGACGCUCCAAGGGCUUGCUCCAAUUCCUACGAAAGUUCUCCUACAUGUGGUGCUUAGAACCAUUAGGAUGCUGCUCAUGCGGGCCUAUCCCAUGGACAACCAGAACAGCAUCUUCUACCCCCAGAUAGCCUUCUCCAAAGUGCAAAACACUCUCUCAGUUGCACUGGGGGACUUUGUACCAUUGCCCCAAGGAUCUUCUAGCGAGUUACCUUCCACUGCGUCGCGUGACCAAUCAACGCCGAUUGAUGGGAGCUACCUUAGCUUAGGCGAACAAAGCGACAGUACUCCAAAACAACGAGCCCGUCUCCACAUGGCCGAGAGGUUUCUUGUAGUUGGCGGAACAUAUCUACACGGGGGACUGUUCGAUUAUAUUUAUGAGCCUUAUCGUUUCCCCGAUGACCACACAGAUUUAGAUUCCUUCUUUCUAAGGUACUUAGUCAAUUACAUGUAUAUCCCUCAGAGAGAGGCUGGCCAACAGGAUCUACUUGCGGUAUUUCUUCAGGAUCCGGUGUCCGGCAUAAGCAUGAAGGAGCAUACUAUACUGUCUGCCCUGAUGUCGAGUAACUUUAUGGUGUCGGGGCUAGUCACCGAUAGCGUAGAGCAACAGAAGAUCGAGUCCCUUGUCAGUGACUUUGAGACUCUGAUUCCAGAACACAACAGGCAGCUUCUGAUCGAGAUUAUAAUGUCCAUUGGUGUGGGACUUGGGACAACGCCCUUGGAGAUGUAUGAGAAUAUUAUUCGCACAUAUCUCCUUAUGACAACUAAGGAUCGUUCUCUUCCCGUUAGCACUAUCCUACGGGCCUCCGUUACUUUCCUACAGAUACUCUGGCUUAUGGUCAAGAAGUGCCGCAAGCUACCAGAUGAGUUACGGCCAUAUGUUCAGAACACAGACAUAAGUAAGGCCACACACGAUCUUUACCUGCUUCGAAUUUUGCAAGGAAAGCUGAAAGAACUUUCUGUGCGGUAUAACUAUCUAUUAUUUUCAUUCGAUUGGUGUCUGUGUAACACGGGAUCAAAGUAUGCCACUGUCUUUUCCCGUGGCAUCCAGCAAGUCCCUGUGGUAGAGAAUUACUGGCUUCAAUGCUGCAAUCAGUACAUUGAAGACUUCUCUCUUCAAAAUCUCACCACCCCAAGGGCAGCAAGCAAUCCAGAGGCCGACACUGCCAACACCUCCAAUGAAGGCCUACAGGAACCUGUUUCUCCAGAGACUGCGGCCAUCAAUGACGUCGCAUGCUCACCUGCCGCCUUAGCAUAUAGACUACUAUGGAACAUCUCUUACUACUUACCCCCAUUUUACUACACCACUAACUCGCAUACUCAGGCAAGUUCUUUGAUAAACCCGAGGAUGCUACCAUCUCGUAGCUCUCAAUACUACGGACAACAGGGGACGUUACAGCAAAGCUUCAGUACCAUCAAGCAAUAUGUUCUUAGAAUUCAUCCAAGCGCCUGCGCAAUUGACCUAAUGAUAGAGUAUGUCGAUUAUAUGUACGACUGCAUGAUGGAUCCUACCUAUGCCAGCCGCUACUAUUCAACGCCCUUGACAAUGAGGUCGCUCUUCACCGUCCAGGAAUACGGGCUUACAGACCUUAAGAAUUGUUGGUUGUACCUUACCUAUUGCAAGAUUGAGUUUCUCGAAAAAUUUGGACUCAACUUGCACGAUAUCGCCGCUCUCAAGGCUAGCCCCGCUCCGCAGGUAGCAGAGGAAGAUAUAAAGAUUGUGAUGACAGUGGCGGAGCUGAUUCACUCCGCGUGGUCAAAAUUGUCUGAUUUGAAGGUCCUACAUGCGUACGUUCGAUACCGGGGUAAGUAUCAGCAGCUUCUGAUGGAUAAGAAGGAGUACAACUGUUCGCACACCACAAAUCCUAUCCAGCUAGCCAAGAUCCUCCUCCCCAUAUUCCAGCAACUUACGCUCAUGCUCGAAAAAGCCUAUAAUAAGUUCCCCAAUGCGUGUACCAACACCGACACGUGCAAUCUCUUGUUCCCCACCCAUACUCUCACUCAACGAUGUGAUGUCAAGCUCCAUCCUGUCUUGAAGGAGCGAUGGAACGCGUACUAUGUGCAUGCUAUACCAUGGCAGGCUGUGGUGCCACUAUUUUCAGAUGAGUUUCUCUUCAACUUCGAUCUACUGCAGCGUCUCAGACGAGUACCCAGUUCAGAACAGAUCACAUUUGCCAUCAAGCAGUUUUCGGCUCUUAUCAAGGAUAGGUGGCCAUCAAUCCUGCAGGCUAUUCGCGUCCCUGUAACAGCAGAGUUUAUUAAAGAGAGGCAUCGGCUCUUGAUCUAUGGUCUUGCCACGGAGCGCAUACUACUAAGCAAUCUCAACGAGCAGUAUUACAAUCACGACUUGAACAGUGUAAUAGACAUAUCCCGCAAUAUUAUGCAGGCUUCUAGGAGCCAUGUACGGCUUAUAGCUUUGAAAGCACAUCCAGAAAACCGUCUCAACGAAAUAUUCAGCGUAGACGUACCACCCUAUUCUCCCUCUAUACAGACUACAUGCACGCAACCAACCGCUUUUGGAGCCAUGCCUACGCCCACUGGGUACACGCACACGCCGGGGACCUCUGGCCCUACUCCUCCUUACCAGAUGGGUCCAAGAAUCGGUCAAUUCGGACCUAGUAGCGCCCCACAGUCUCAUAGACAACCAGGAGAGUACCACGAUGCAACGGCUUAUCCCCAAGAAAAGCUUCAGUAUCCGCAGGGGGCACCGGGGGGACCAAGAGCUCCGUAUGGGGCGGUGGGAGGCAACAGAUACUAUGGCAGACAGGGCAGAGGAAUGGAGCCCUACCAAAGAACUGACAUGCUUCCAGCACCACGUUAUCCGGGGGUACACUCCCAGACGUAUCCGCCGCCUACCCGGUAUGAUCCUUUUACAAUGAGAACCGGUGCGUAUCCCCACUCCAAUGGCUAUGGACCGGCAAGCAUGUCAUAUCAAGCGGAACAGGGAUCCCUCAUGCACCAGCGACUACUUACUCAGCAAUACCCUCUAGCAGGAGCACGGGCUGCAAGCGCUCCAGAAUCUCAACUGCGUCCUGGGCAGUACCACACUCUCAACCAGGACCAUCUGGGAUACCAGAGCUCAUCGCCUUAUCUCAAUAUGCCGUAUUAUCAGGCUCAACCCCCGUCUCACUUUGGAAUUACUCCCCAAAGAAGUUACUCACAGCUGCACUCCAAUGCAUCGCCCUUUGGAGCAGGAUGGGAAUCAAUCGGAUACUCGAGCAAUGCUGCUGCAAUGCCAACCAAGUCCUCUGGAGAUGAAUUGUCUGUCUCCUCAUAUAAAGAAACGUUAUCUGUGAUCCUUAAGCUUCUCAACAAAUUGUUUCCCAGCGUAGUCAACAAAAAGAAUAACUUAGAAGGCUCGGAGCGGGCUUUGUUUGAACAUAUAGCAGGUCUUUACUCCCAAGACAAUCUGUUCUUUGAAAAACCCCUUACCGAAGAUAGUUGGCAAUACGCCCUGGGAUACAUGAGUCUCAUCCGUGAGCAGCCUCUGCGUGAAGACGAGCUGAUGAUACAACGCAAUAUCUUGAUAACUAGGAUUAAUCAUAUAACUAGUAAGUGGUCCGGAAUUCUAGGUGCCUUAGAAGACAAUGCUUUCUCUGUACUACAGGCCUUUUGUAAAAAGUUCGAGCAGGUCGUGCAGACCAAAAAGAACGAUAUUGACUACCAUAUGAUCGUUAGAGUGGGUAAAGAUUGCGCUGCGUUCUUCCUUAGUCAAGCAUAUUACUAUGCGUUUGAGCUGCGCAGAACCUAUAUUGAAAACAGGAGCAUGCCAUCUUCCUCCUUGAUGAAAAAGAUGAAUGAGAUGCUCGAUCUCUGCAUGCAAAUACUACCUGUUUCGGAGAUACUCUCCUCUGCAGACGUUCAUUUGAGGCGACAGCUACUAUUGGCUCUGUUUAUUAAGAACUUAUUUGAGCAGCAGCCUCGGACGUAG